UGAGCCUUUCUCUUACUCAAACCAAAUAUAAAUAAAUGCAAUGCGGCAAAUGACUUCUUUUGGCUUAUCCUAAAGCCUUACAUCUCUUCGUCCCUAUAAUCUGAAGAAAAACCUCCUCAAGAUUCAGAAAAAAGUUAAUCUAAUGAGCCGGUGAUUGGAUUCGUACUGAGAUCGCUCAGCCGCCUCAAGAAACCCUAGAUCCCUACAAUUUUUUUAGAAUAAUUGGUUUUGUAAAGGAUCCGCAAGUUUUCAGGGUUUCUGAGAGCUACCAUGGUGGGCCCACCACCGCAGAUUGAAUCAGCAGCUGCACCACCACCACCACGGACGGCGACAGCAUCAGCUGAAGAAGAAGCGAUUAAGAGAAACACAGAUUGCGUUUACUUUCUCGCUUCUCCUUUAACUUGCAAAAAGGGAAGUGAAUGUGAGUAUCGUCACAGUGACAUUGCAAGGGUAAACCCGAGGGACUGUUGGUUCUGGUUACAUGGUAAUUGCCUGAAUCCCAAGUGUGGGUUCCGUCAUCCGCCGCUGGAUGGACUGCUGGGUACACAAGCUCCAACUUCUGCUCCAUCUGUUGUACCUCCAUUGCAGACUGCCUCUGCACCUUCUCCACAUGUUCCAAAUGCCUCUGGUAAACAAGGAGUGCCCUGCAUAUUCUUCCAGAAAGGGUACUGUUUAAAAGGUGACUGGUGUCCAUUUUUGCAUGCACCGAAUUCUGUGAGUAACAAAAAUACACUGGCGCCUGGAAUUUCUACUGCUGAGCUUGCGUCCUUUAAGAAUACUUUUGGUGGACCUGAAAAGUUCACACAAGAAAAGAAGGUCCCAUCUAAAACUCUAGAAAAAUCUGGCGAGUUACCUUUGCAUACAAAACCAAUUAUUAAAGUGGAACCUGCUCCACUGAGGAAUGAAUUUGCUGUAGGCAAAAAGACAUUAGCGACGUUGGAGAUGAAUGAAGAGUUUUCCAGCUACAGACCAAGAAGUAUGUCACCUGCUAAUAAUGGAAAGCAAGCCAGUAGGACUAUCUCAGUUCAGCAAUCUCAUCCAUUAGAUGAACUUGGUGGUAUGAACAGUAAGGAUGCAGAAGAAAUUUCGAGAGAGCCCUCUCCUGGUUUUGAUGUUCUGGUGGAUGAUGAAGUAAGAGAUUCUGAUUACUAUCCAGGUGAAGAUCAGUAUGGAAUGACUGGAGAUGACGAAGGCGGGAAUGAAUAUGGCAUUGGCCAUUCUGCUGAUUACAAUUCAAUGGUUGAUGUUGACCGUGAUAUUUAUCAUGAUCCUCAUGGUUACGACUCGUAUGAGCGCCUUCAAGGUCAAUAUGCUUGGGAGCAGCACAAGGCUUCAUCUGAGAGGAUGUCAGGAGGGUCUGCUUACCAGAAUAGGAGACAUGCUAGAGUCAGUAGCCCUGAUCAAGUUAGUGACGCAGAUCUAAGGCAUCAUUUAUCAAAGCACAGAAGAGGUAAUGGUUUGAGGUCUGUCAUCAGUCAAGAACAUGCACGUGACAGACAUGAGGAUCAAGGAUACAAGGUUUCAAGUAUGGACGCACAGUAUUUACACCCACAGGAAAGUUCUCUUAGCAGUCGCCUUCGAGGAAGAAUAAAGCUUCCAGGACGAUCUCUUCCACUUGAUGGAAGGGACUCGCAAGUUGAUAGGGAAAUAAUUAGGGGACCAGAUCAUGGUAGAUCGUCUUUUGGAAGGACACAACAGUUCUCCCACCAUGGAAGGACUGGAGACAGAGUAAAGGGGAAGGAGGAAGAAGAUUUUAAUAAUAGUCAGAAGAAUAAUAGAGGUGUGAACUUUAGAAGAGAAAUGAAGGGUGACAAUAUUACUGACUUUGCUGGUCCAAAAAGUCUAGCAGAGCUUAAAAGCAAGAAAAAUGGUGAGACUAGCGAGCAGCAAUCACUUGGGAAGAGAAAAUACUCGAUGCUUGAUGACUAUCAACAAACUGGUGGUGAUCUCCCAUUUGAAGGGCCUAAGCCUCUGGAAGAGAUUCUGAAGCAGAAAAGAGGUGAAAUAGCUUCCUCAGGUAAUUAUAGAGACAAUAAUCAAAAGGAAGAAGGAUCGCGGAAAAUGACAAAGAUUACUUCGACUGUGGAGGAUCAGCGUGCUCUUUCCUCUGCACCUGUUAAUGAGGAUUCCAAGUCUGCAUCACAUGAUAAUGACGGAGCAGAAAAAUACGGGUUAAGUGAUGCUAGAAAGCUUGAUGGAAUGAUAGUUGAGGAUCAAUUAGAUGACCAAGAACAUGAAGCGUAUGAGCAGAGGGAUGGUGUGUCUGAUUAUGAGCAAGUGGAUGGAGAAUAUUAUGACGACUUGGAUGAAGGUGAAAAUGGAGAAGCUGAAGAUGAAUACCCUGAUGAUGAAGAUGGAGACGAAUUUGCAAAGAAGAUGGGUGUCAUGUACUCUUGAGAAAGAUAAAUGUUGGAUUUGUGGCUUCUGCUGUUAAUCCAAUUUGUUUUGAUUUGCUCUGUGUUGGCAAAUUCAAUUUUUUCUCUACUGGAGUUUAGAAGUAGAGAACCCUCCUAUUUAUCAUCUUAAACAUUUAUUCAUCGAAGUCUUGACUGGACGAUACUUCUCUUCCAUCUUAUGGUUUUGGAUAGUUAAUGAUUUUCUUUGACUGCAAGGGUCAUGGCUAUUGUUAGAAGAUCAAUAUCAAAUAGUGUUUUAUUCAUAUCUAUUUGUUGAGGUUGAUGAUUUUAUAGAUCUAAUGACUGAAUAGGGUGACAGAUAUACAGUGGACCUCGUUGGAUACAA